CGGCAUCGAAGAAGACGCAUCACUUCGGAAACAGCGUCUGGAAGGAUCCGGAUGUGAUGCACAUCCUUUUCAAAGGCGAGGAUCCUUACCUAUUGACUCACCCGGUGUAUGAGGGAGCUGUUGCUGAAGACGACGACGCUGCUCUCCGGAGGAAACAGAAAGUGACACCCACGGAUGUGGAGGAGAAGUCUUUCAAGUCUUUGACUUUCGUGGACAUCGGAAACCUGACUCAGAGGGGGGCUCUGUACAAGGACGGCGAGCGGAAUCCGAAUCAGUUGUGCAAUCAACUUCUUUUCUUCUGUGGUGUGGCGGAUGCCGUGCUGUUCUUGGGCAAGCCGCACGCGCAGGUGGUGUGGAGUCUGCUUCAGCAGGGAAGGCAAGUCUUGGCCGUGGAUAGGGACACAACGCAGCUCGAAUACACUGUGCAGUAUGUCACCCACGAAGUGUCGUCCAAGGCUUACCCAUGUGAUUUCCACCAUGUCGUGGUCGAGCCCGUUUAUGACUCGAACAAGGACAUGUUCUUCAAGUUGACUCCGAAGAAAAGGCGUCAGGUCUACUCCUUCCUUUACGGCGAACAACCAAGGUUGAGAUUUGACCCGCAGUACGUGGUGCGGAAGGAAGUCGCCAUUGCGGUCCUCCAGGGCUACCACGAAGCGAGUCGGGCCGGCGCUGUGAGCUUCAUUAAGAGGCUGGAAUAUGUCUUUUUUAACGAGGAUGUUGUCGAUCCGACCGACUUCACUUUGGAUAAGUACAAGUUGGCAUUCGGUGAGGAGGACGACUUCAAUAUCGAGACUGAGCAGGAGGAGAGCGUUCAGGACGACCUCUUCGAUUUGGACGAAGAAUUGACCAUCUUCAACGCCCAAAUUUCCGAGUCGCCAUCAGUAUGCAAACCGGGGACACCUCUCGCUACACCUACCUCGGGCGGUCCCACGCCCGUGUCCUCCUCAGCGCCUGUCAAGAGGGGUGGGUUGUCCCGUCUGAGGAGUUCGCCAGGGGAGCCUAUUCGUCUCACGCCUCAGCCCUCAAAUAAAUGGCUGGAAGUGUCCUCCGCGUUCUACGCCCUUCCGUCAAGCCCGUUAAUUACGCAAGUGAGUUGGGAGUUGCCUGGGGUCACCCCGCCGGCAGGAGUUGUGAAGCGCAAGUCUCGCGGAAAGGACGACGACGGGGAUGGUGAAGGCGGCGGGCAACGAGGUACCGGAGGUGGAAGCGACUCCCCGGUGAAAGCGGUCAUGUCGGCAUCAUUGGAAACUGCGGGGGCUCGGAUGAAUCCGAGCCAGGGCCCUGUGAACAUCUCCCUCCCUGAUGCAUCUUUGGAGACGACCGUGAUUCGGAUUCAUCCGAGGCACACGGACGAAGGACUUCAACUGGCAGGCGUUGAGGGUUGUCGACUACUGACGACUUUGGACAAGGACAAUUCCGCCGACGAACGGAUUGAUCUGACACUCAAGGACGUCGGGAUGGAGCUACCAGUUCAGCCGGGAUAUGACGAUCCCUUGUACUCCGCCCUUCACAACGAGGCGACGGGGGAGGACGAUCUGAAGAAGGCCUCUGACGCUGUUGGAGAUAGAUUUCUCUAUUUGAGUGACGACGACAAAGACACAGCGUACGGGGAUAAGAAGUUAAGGGGGGGAGAGGUGUUGUUGGACAUCCAUGGGACAUUGAGCCCAACACAAUACGACACAGUGGCAAUGGAGAAAACACAACCUGCCGAUGUUGUGGACGUCGACGAUCUUUGUCCGGAGACGAAUAUACCGUCUACGGUCAUCGACGCUGACAUCUCGAGCCUGUUAAGUUUCCCUGUGGGUUUGGAGCACGUCGUCGCCUCGUCGACGCACGCAGGGGUGCCAAUCGUGCUGGGACUGCCGUCGGUGGGCUCUGGUGAAGUGGUAGCUAGGCCUGGUAAGCACUGACUUUCUCUGCUUUCUUCCCGCUCGUCAGCCCGUUCGUGAAGUGUUGUUUGCUUCAUCGAUUUCGGGGAGGUGUAUAGGUGGCCGCCAACUGGAUUGUGACGAUGUGCUUCGUGAGGUGCUGUUUGCUUGGUUGCUCUUGCGAACUUGUGUUGUUGAUCUCCUGCUGAACUGUCUGGGUGGCUAUUUCUUGUACAGGUCGACGAACUCGUGGAUAAACACCCAUGUCGCAG